AUGUACAUUCGGCAAAUGAGUUCAUAUUCCCUUUCCAACUGGUCUGGUAUAACACAUAAAAGCGUGAUAGCAUACAUCAAUUGCCUUAUGGAGCUCAGCUUGUGUCUUGAAGUUCUUAGUUAUCUACCACGUUUCACUAAACCUUGUACGCUUUUCCCUCGAUCUGAGUUCGUCGAUUUGCCGGAGAUUGGACAUUGUGAUGUAAGCAGUUUUGAUGAUAAACCGACAAAUAUUACCGAUGCAUAUUUUACUGUGAAAUCAAAACAGCAUCAAGAAAAUCUUUCAGAGUUCUACCGACUAGAAGUCCUAUCAGACAGUAUAAAACAAGAAUAUUUUUAUGGUCGUUGUCUAGCCUUUUACUUAUGCCCUAGUGCUCAGAGAAUUUUGCUGUUCCUCAAUUCGUUUAUGGCGGGAUAUGGUAAUAGCUUUUUGACUAGCAAACAAGGAAUUGUCAGCUUAGUCAACACAGUUUAUCGGUCCGUUACUUCUUACUUAUCCCCUGAAGACCGCGGCAAAAUGCUGGCAAAGCUUACACGAAAUUCCAGUGUUCAAUUUUGUAAAGCAUUUUGGAAUUUAGCAGAAUUGCGUGUAGUAUCUGAAGCCCCCAAUGUAAUUCUACCUUCCAUGGCUGUAGCUCGCUCUUUUAAAUUACAAACAAAAUCGCUAAAAAUACCUGUAGAUAUGAAUACUCGAGAAAACGGAAGAGAAUUCAUUGUAAUAGAACCACCAAAAUCACACUUUGGCACUGCUCCACUAGGAAUGCGUAUAUUAUGUCGUCAUCUUAGAUCUGGUUUGGAAUGGACUCGGACAUCUGAAUCUCCUAAAUUUUUCGAAUCACCUAACUGUAUAAAUCAAUCAAAUCAUCACUCAAGCAGAAAUUCAGUAUCACCAUUACUAUCGUACAAUUCACGAUUCUUUCCAUCCAACGAUUCAUCAUCUGUUGUUUUAUCAAGUUCAAAUGAUCGUCGUUAUUCGUACGAAAGUUUUAAAUUUUCAAAUACUUCAACUGAGAAUAAUACAAAUAAAUCACCUUAUGUAUUGUUUUAUGUACACGGUGGUGGAUUUAUUGCUUUAACAUCUCAGUCACAGGAUAACUUCUUACGUAUAUGGGCUGAACAGUUGAACUGUCCAAUUAUAGCUGUUGAUUAUUCACUUUCACCUGAAGCGCCUUAUCCACGUGCAUUAGAAGAAUGUUAUUAUGCCUAUUGUUGGAUAACAUUAAAUCGUGAAAAAUUAGGUUGUACAUCAGAUGCGAAAAUUGUUCUUGCUGGUGAUUCUGCUGGUGGGAAUCUGGCACUGGGUGUUUGUAUGCGCGCUUGUUUAUUGGCUUAUGCUGGUAUAGACGAACCAACAUUGGAUUCUGAUGAACUUGAUGAUGAUUUCGAAGUUGAUAAAAAUCCUUCAAACUUAACAACUGAACCAAAUUCCCCAAUAUGGUCUCGAUUAUUUUCAACACUUUGGUCUAAUCCAUCGAAAUUAGAUUUAAAUAGUUCUAAAGAGUUAAAAAUUGGACAUUUACGUCGAUAUUCAAACAUAACAAUGUCUCCUUUAUAUGAUGCUUAUUUGCAAAAUCCAAAAGAUCAAUCUGUGCCUUCUAAUUUAUGUCGGUUAAAGAAGGAAAAAAGCCCAGACCAUAAUGAGGAUGAAUGUACACCAAUAUUGAAGCAUCCACAUCGACCCCGAACUGAUUUGAACCGUAUUCGAAAUAUUCAUUUAACUCAGAAUGGAUUCAUGUCACCGUACUUAGCGUCAGAUGAUAUGCUACGUGGAUUACCUCCUGUUGUUUUUGUCUGUUCACAAUUCGACCCAUUUUUGGAUGAUGGACUAGAGUUAGCUAAACGUCUUUCUAAACUUGAUGUCUCAGUAGAUGUACGUGUCUUAGACAAUUUACCUCAUGCAUUUCUUAAUUUUUGUCUAUUGGGUCCAGAAUUCCAAAUUGCUAAUAAGAUUUGUAUUGAAUUAGUAAAAAAUUUAUUCAAUGAAUAUUAUAUAAAAAAUAAUGAAUAA